AUGCCCCCAGACUUCUGGGAGAGAAACCUGUGGUGCUGGGUGCUCCUUCUGGGGUUCACCAUUGGGAGUUCAGGAGAUGUACCUCCUAUCCCUCAGACAAAAUGUGCCGACUUCCAGAAUGCCAAUCUCCUCCGAGGCACCAAUCUCAAAGUCCAAUUUAUCCUCUUCACCCCUUCGGAUCCUAGUUGUGGACAACUAGUGGAAGAAAGUAGUGACAUCCAGAAUUCUGGGUUCAAUACCACUCUGGGCACCAAGCUAGUUAUCCAUGGAUUCAGAGCUUUAGGAACAAAGCCUUCCUGGAUCGAUAAGUUGAUUGGCGCCCUUUUGCGGGCAACAGAUGCUAAUGUGAUUGCCGUGGACUGGGUUUACGGCUCGACAGCUGCUUACUUCUCAGCUGUGGAAAAUGUGGUUAAGCUGGGACUCGAGAUCUCCAGUUUCCUCAACAAACUCCUGGAGCUGGGUGUGUCGGAGUCCUCCAUUCACAUCAUUGGUGUCAGCCUGGGGGCCCAUGUUGGAGGCAUGGUGGGACAUUUCCAUAAAGGCCAGUUGGGACGGAUCACAGGCCUGGACCCUGCUGGACCAGAGUACACCAGAGCCAGCCUGGAGGAACGUCUGGAUGCCAGGGAUGCCCUCUUCGUGGAAGCCAUCCACACCGACACUGACAAUUGGGGGAUUCGGAUUCCUGUAGGACAUGUGGAUUACUUUGUCAAUGGAGGCCAAGACCAACCUGGCUGUCCCGCUUUCAUUCAUGCAGGCUACAAUUAUGUGAUCUGUGAUCACAUGAGGGCUGUGCACCUCUAUAUCAGCGCCCUGGAGAAUUCCUGUCCGUUGAUGGCCUUUCCCUGUGACAACUACAAGGCCUUCCUUGCAGGGCACUGUCUGGAUUGUUUCAACCCUUUUCAGCUUUCCUGUCCAAGGAUUGGUCUGGUGGAACGAGGUGGUGUCCAGAUAGAGCCACUGCCCAAGGAAGUGAGAGUCUACCUGCUGACCGCUUCCAGGGCCCCAUACUGUGUGCAUCACAGCCUCGUGGAGUUUCACCUACAGGAGAAAAGACUAAAGGACACGAGCAUUAAGGUCACCUUCCUUAGUGGCAAUGUCUCCUCCUUGGUCAAGAUCACCAUACCUAGACAGCAGCUCCAGGGGAGAGCAGUCAUGGCUCACACCAGUCCUCUCUGCCAGACAAACCAAGUGAAACUCAAGUUUAAGGCCUCCAACCGGGUUUGGAAAAAAGACCAGACUGUCCUUGCUGGGAGGUUCUGCACCGCACCUUUGCCUGUCAAUGACAACAAAAAGAUGAUCUGCUUACCCGAGCCAGUGAAACUGCAAGCAGAUGUGACUGUUUCUCACGACGUGAACAUAACUUGUGUUUAGUACAAUCCUAGCAGGACACAUGUUCCUGAAUUUGGGAGGUUGUGGGUGAUUCAACUUUUUCUAGAUGAUUAGUACAAAGAAGGAAGACCAAAUUCUUGGUAAUUUCCUCCCCAUAAUUAGCCACCGUAGAAGGGAGAGAGAGUUCAUGUAACAGAGCUCUAUCUUCAUUGUUAGUUUGGAGAGCUUGACACAGAAUGCAUUUAUUCAUUUAGAACUGCAGUUUCUCCAUAUUCUUGGACAUCUGUACCUAGGAUUUAAUAGAAACAUAUACAAGGAAAAUGCCCCUCAAUAUUCAUUGAAUAUCUGGAUCAUUGUUUUAUUAGAAAGGAGUGCUAUUAUGUACAAAAAAUGUGAUGUGCAGUCUGUGGGACUAGAGAAAGCAGAUGUUGAAUUGUCUAUUAAAAUUGCAAUGAAAUGAAAUGCUUGGAACAUGGAGAGAGGGAGAUGCAGAAGAUGGCACCAUCCACCACCACUUUCCAUUGACUUCUCUGCAUAUGUAGAAGAUUUGGGGUGUCAGGGAGCUCUAUGGGGAGUACAGAUAGAUUUUGUUUGUUUGUUUUUGGAGCAGUGUUUCCCAAACUUUGAUCUUGAUAAAUAAUCUUAAUAUCAUCCACAGUCUGGUAAGAAACAGAUGAUAUGCUCGGGUUAAGUAAUUCGAGGAGAAUUCAAUCAAAGGACUCUUGAUUAGGGCGUGGGCAAGCCGGAAGUGAUAACAACGUUCACUGUUCCUGCCCUUAUUCUCUUCCAAGAGGCAAGUGGGAGACACAUGAGAGGCUGGAGCCACAGCAGAUGGAGGAGGCUUUAGUCAAGAGACACACAGUCACCAGGCAGCCUUCCUGCGGGGAGGAAGCCAGGAAAACAGAUUUUUCCAACCUCACGCUUUUUUGGUCCUCUUUUUCUUGUGAUGCUCCUGCUGAGUCACUCUAGCCAGAAGCCAGAGGCAAGAAGCACUUUGAUUUGGCUGGGAAUUGAGUGUGAUAGGGAGGCAUAGAGAGUGGAAGAUUAGGGUAGGCAAUCAGCGGAGGUAUAGCCCACAUCUUCAGAGGCACGAACUGCCUGGAUUUUCCCAUACUUCAUGGUUUUCUUUCCAUCUUUCAAUAAUCACCUACAUUUUAAAAGUUCAGUAGCAUUAACUGCCUCCAGAACUUGCUCAUUGUUUUGUCCCAACUUCUGUGACCGGCCACAAGAAAGACGGGAAGCAGAAAGGCUGAG